GGGCGGAGGCGGAGAAGGGGCGCGGCCUUGGCCGGGAGCCGCCCCGCCCGAGCGGCGCAGCGCGGACUUCCCUGCUCCUGCGGCGCCCGGCCGCGCAGAGGCCGCCAUGGGCUGUGCGCGCUGGCUCGCGCUGGGCGGCCUCCUGGCCCUGGCGGGGCUGCUGCAGGCCCGGCUGCUGCCCCCGCACCAAGCGGGCUUCGGUGAGUGCGACCGCUUCUUCUACGCGGGGACCCCGCCCGCCGGGCUGGCGACCGAGGCGCACGUGAGGAUCUGUCAGCGCUUCGCGGGCGCCGAGCGCUUUGCCACCCUGUACAGCCCGGGCCACCGCAUCCCCGUGUUCUCCGCGUUUCGCGCCUCUCGCCCGGCGCUCGUUAGUGCGGAGCAGCGCGGGCUUCUGGAGCCGCAGAUUGAUGACCCCAGCAGCAACCUUGAGGAGGUAAUUGAAGAGACUGACGCCCUUACCUCCGUGCACAAUCUAGGAAGCAAGCAGGCCUUGAAUGCAGACUACAUUGAUUCUAACUAUGAAAUUGGACAGCUGUACCCAUUCCUCCUUAGUACUGACCCUCAGGCGCCCACAUUUCCACUCACAAAUUCAGUUCCAAUGACCCAGUCUUUCCGGGAACGAUGGCACAUGAAUCUCAACAGCCUCAUGGAGCGAGCCUUGAUCCCGCACUGUGGCGAUGGCAAAGACCUAUAUAUCAUCACAGGCGCUGUUCCCUCAGACCACAGACUUAAGGACAAAGUGACUGUCCCAGAAUUUGUGUGGCUGGCAGCCUGCUGUGACGUCCUUGGUGGAGGGUGGGCCAUGGGCUUCACCAAGCAUGCCCAGGACAGUGGCAUCAUAGAAGAUGUCAUGGUGAGGGACCUUGAGCAGCUGCUUCCUCAUAAGCCUCAGCUGUUCCGGGACAACUGUGGAGAGACAGAGCAAGACACGGAGAAGAUGAAGAAGAUUCUGGAAGUGGUCAACCAAGUCCAAGAGGAGGAGCGGUCUCUGCUGUCUCAAGAGAGCAUGAGUCCCCUUGCCAGUACCCAAAGCCAGAGGUCUGCCCCGCCGUCCCCAGAAGCACCAGAGGGAGGAGGCAGCUUUCUGGGGAAAGUCCUUGGUUUCCUUUUAACCCCAUUUAUCAAACUUUUCCAGUUAAUUUAUUACCUUGUGAUAGCAGUCUUAAGGAGUAUAGUCCAUCUCCUUUGGUUUGUUGCCAAGCAGGUGAUAAAUGGCAUCGAGUGUGGUCUAUACCGUCUAGGAGCAGCCACUGUGUCAUACUUCGUAGCCAUUGGACAAGAGUUGGUGGGCAUUCCCUGGAAAGUGCUCAAGGUCGUGGCCAAAGUUAUCAGGGCCCUUCUCCGGAUCCUCUGCUGCCUGCUGAAGACUAUCUGUCGAGCUCUGAGCAUCCCUCUCCGAGUCCUUGUGGAUAUUACCAUGUUCCCUGUGUAUACCGUGGGGGCCAUUCCCAUUGUGUGCAAGGACAUCGCUGUGGGCCUGGGGGGCACUGUCUCCCUGCUCUUGGACACCGCUUUUGGCACCAUGGGUGGCCUGUUUCAGGUUGUUUUUAGUGUCUUCAAGCGGAUUGGCUACAAGGUUACUUUUGACAAUUCUGGGGAGUUAUAGGACUCAAAACCCUAGCGGUGUCCAUUGGUGAAUUUCAUUACUUUUCCAUAGAGAGUGAGCAUAUUCUGUUUUUAUAGUGGGUAUCUGUUCUUGGUCAGCUACUGUGUUAUGUUUGUCUAUGGGGUGGGUUGUCUUUUUCUGCAAUGGAGUUCGGCACACUUUAGACUUGAUCUAAGCAAAAUGUUGAGGUGGGUCCCGUGUCCACCACGCACCUGUGAUUGCGCACGCAAGCGUCCAUGCACUGUGUCUGACUCAGAGUGAAACCCCGGGGCUCACCUAGGCUUGUUAUGACAACUAAAGGGAGGAGGGAGAGGGUGACAUUAAAGGUUAUAAGGAAUGGAGAAUGGGUCUUGUGCCUCCCAUUCCUCUUAGAGGAUUCAGGCAGACGAUCUGGACACUGUCGUCAGGUCUCUUAGCGUCUCUUACCAUUUCUUUGUCUUCCUCUCCCAUCCAACCGGCUGUGGUGUUGUGUGCUGGUGAGUGCUCUGGUGAAAUCCCUGCCUCUGGAGGCAGCGUCUGCCUCAACUUUGACCUUUGCCUGGUCUCAAUGGUUUGUUUGAUUUUUAUUUUCUCCCAAAGUUGAGUCCUGAUGAGUCACAAUGAGCAUUUUAUGCCAAAUAUGGUAUACUAAAAUUUGAAUGCAACCCUGAUUAGGGUAAGUCAGGCCCCCCUCUCCCCCCGGGUGUAGAGAGUGGAAAAGAGACAGUGUUAAGGAGCACUGUAUGUUCCAGGGCGUUCUUAGGGAGGCUUGGACCAACUUACAUUAAAUAUCUGGCUGACAACUUUAAACAAAGAUUUGCAUGUGAAUCUAAUAUGAAACUUCAUAUUUUGCAACAUCGACUGCAUCAAGUGAGUACUCCAAACCACGAGGCACUCUGGCUUCUCUCCCGAAUGAAUGUUAUAACUAUCUAGGUAACAGACAGCGUGAAAAAUAUUCUAGCCAUCUUGGGAAGAAAUAGAUGUAUGUACAUAUUUAAGAAUCAUUAUCUCUUAGGACGUUAUUUUUAUAGGAUAUUUGAGGCUAAAAAAAAAAGUGUAAGUCCUUCAUUAAUGCAAGUUACAUUUGAGAGCUUAGUCCCAAUUUUGAUCAAUCACUUGUCAUUUUAAAUCUCGCACUAAACAUUGUAACAAAGGGAACCGACCAUCCCCACAGUGGAAAUGAUUGUCUAGCACUUUUUCCUGAGUGUUCUGAAGAGUGGCUGUGAAGAAGAGGGCGUAGUGUGGACUUAACUUGGGUAUGUACCAGUUCCUGGGAGUCAGCUGUAAAGACUAGGGGUCUACAAAGGAUGGGGCACAUCAGCUGUCCCAAGGGAGCUGGCACGUGAGAAUCUGAGUGCAGCAGUAAAAGUUUGCAGAAGGCGAUCUGAACUGCACCAGAGAGCGAGCAGCCUGCAAACUUCCAUGUGGCCAUGAUCUGAGCCUGGAGCGCGGACCAGCCCUCGCUUGGUUCAUCAAGACUCGUAGCAGGGUUUGCCAGGACUUUUUCUCUGUGUCAAUGGGAGUGUGAGGGCUUCUGUUGGCACUGAUGGGCCAGAAAAGGGACCCAGAAGUCACCACAGAAGCAGUCAGGCCAAGCCUUUGUGUGUGUAGGUCCCAGAGGCACAAGGAGGCUGUGAACUUGACCCUGCGGGACAAACUACGACACCCAUCACACUGGGCGUGCCUCCCUGCGUGCGAGUACGCUUUUAUCACUUAUAAAAGACAGGUCCUGUGUCAUCCACUGGGUUUGACUCGGUUGAUGACAUGCCAGCUCCCCAUGUGAAACUGCAUCUCUUGUGACCCUCUUUUCCUUUCGGUGAAUAUUUUAUGCCGAGAGGCCCUAGCAGGGCGCCCAUGGCACCGAACCCCUUUACGGGAACCACUUGGAAAUCCUCCCUCCCUGUAUUCAGAUGUCUGGUUAUUUAUUUUGUGUGGCUUUUUGUUUUUAAAUAUGGGAAGGAAUAAUAAGACAAAAAUAUAUCCCUUCAAUGUAGAGUUUCUGGUUGAACCAGCUGCAUUUGUCUUUGACGUCCUACCAGAGCUCUGGGCUGCUGGCCCCUUCCCAGCAGUUACUUGAGGCUCUGAGGGGAGGGAGUUUAGGAACCUGAGCCCUGUCUUCAGCUCGGAGACUUUGCUGUGGCGUCAUCCCUUCCUCGGGCCCUUGGGGACAUUGGCCAACUCUGUCAUUCAAAAGCUGGUGUUCUAGUUGGUGACAGCCAUGUCCUCUGGCUUUGUGCCUUUCCCGCACAAUCGAAGGAGGGAAUGGAGGGAACUGAAGCGGAGCAUCCUUGGCUUCAGGCGUCCACCUGUGCAGCAAGCGUGUUGAGAUGGAGCGUUCCACCUACAGGGAGUUUCCAGCGUGCUGGGGAAACGCUGGUGCAGUCUAUGCUCGGAUGUCUGGGUGUUUGCUUCCUGAGAACAGCCAGACACCCUGCAAGGCUAGGGAAUGAAGGGCACUGUGACAGAGGGUUCGGCUGCUUCGAACUUUGUACAAUGCUGUGUGCCUUGUAGAUGCUCAAUAAAGUCGCUGUUGACAACUCUGAUCCUGUAA